AUGCCUCACAGCCUAUCGACGCACGUCUUGACGGUGGACGCCAACGUCAUCCACAAAGUCGACACGGCCAACCCUGCCAACUUGUAUAGCAUGUGGACGGUCUUCUCCCGCUGCGCAGAAUCCGUCGAGCAGGGCCGCAGGUUGGAGAACUUGAGCUGGCGCCUCUGGCAACGCGAGCAGCUGGUGGAGAGCGCCGGCAAGCGCGCCCCCGACGGAACCGCCCGGGCGCAGACGCAGACGCCGACGCUUCCCGACGCCGCUCCCUCGGAGACGAAAUUGCCAGAGCUCCCCCAGCUUUCCGGCAGCGUCGAUUCGCUGCACGACGACGAGGCCGUCGAGUUCACGUCCGUCUCGGCGCCCCUCGAGAUCCGCCCCCGGAUACGACGGCUUGAUUCCAGCAGCCGUAGCAAGCGCGAUCGCCACAUCAGCUCGGACGAUUUCGAAAAGAUGAUCGUCUCCAUCGUCAAGGACAAGACGCCCCUCUCCGCACCCACCCAAUCCUCACCCCUCAUGGCUUCCCGAAAGGAGCCCUCGAUGCCGGUGUCGGCCUCGGAGCACUCGGGCUCGACGACGACGGAAUCCCAGUCCCCCUCCAAGGAGUCGGUCGACUCGCAGCCCUCGCCGGCGCCCCAGAAGGCGACCAAGGUCGUUCGUGGCUUCUCGCCCGCGCCCUACGCCGCUUUCCCACUGCCCAAGCCGGACGCGGCGUCGGACGACUCCCUCCCCGCGCCGAGCUCCUCCCCCGCGCCGAAGCCGGUGCAGGCCAAGAAGCAGCCGGCCAAGUUCGCCCUCGGCGGGUCGUGCUCGUCGAGCGAGCAGGGCCAGAGCGUCGACAACGCCCAGGUCCCGGCGCCGAGCAUGGCCGCGGCCAAGGCCAAGGCCAAGUUUCGCCUCGGCGGCUCCUCCGACGAGGGCUCGCUGAGGAGCGCCGCCGCCCUGCCGCCGGCCGGCCCGGGCCUGGCAGCGCCCAAGAAGCAAGCAUCCUUCGGCCUGCCGACGACGCGGACGAGCGGCGGGAGCGACCCGGCCGUGGACUCGGACACCGAGGGCGACGAGUACGUGGACGAGAGCGCCAUCGACGACGACGACGACUCGUCCGAGUGGGAAGACUCGAUGGAGGACAGCAACAAGUCGAGCGUCGACGAAAAGUUCUUCCAGCGCGUGCCGUCCAAGGCCAACCUCACGUCCCGGCCGUCGCUCAUCACCCUCAUGCUGGCGCAGAACGACCGGGCCGCUAAGCUCGGCAACCAGGCGUCGCAGUCAACGUCGGCCCUCCCGCGCUCGCGGGCCGGACCGGGCGCUCCGUCGCUCGGCGCGUCGCCCAACGACUCGGACGAAGCGCCGCUGAUGAUGAAGGGCAUGCGCUCCUCGCCGCUGAAGCCCAUCAGCGAGGUGCCCCGAUCCGGGCCUCAGCCCAUCGUGGCCGUCAACGCCGUGUCGGCGCACGCCGCCCUGUCGCCUCGGACGACGCGUCGCAACAUGCUCGCGACCGAGCUCACGGGCACGCUCCGGCGCCAGCUUCUCUGGGAGCGCCAGCAGAAAUCGUCGACGGUCAACGCCGUCCUCAAGCGCCGCCACACGUCACAGGACGUCGCCAACCUGAAGCAGUUUCCCGACAAACCCUGCCUGAAGGAGGCCGAGGACGACUCGACGAACUGGAACAAGUACUUUUCCAAGGAGACGCUCAACGGAUACCACUCCAAGGGUUGGUAA